UCCAGAAAACGUUGGAUUUGUGUCACAGAAGAAGUCCCUUGGAGAAAUGCAGAUGGUGUACAAAAGACUUAGAGAGGCGCCUGGAAAAGCUUGGUGAGCAAUCUGAAGCAAUGUGUUCCAGAGUUAAUGAGUUAUAUAAACCCUGAUGCUGAACUGGAGAUUACAUGAAGCUUCAUUGAUUUCAAGGACCAGGACAAUUACCAUGGGGGCUAGAGCUACCGAAACAGCCCGGGAACUGGAAGACACCUCUUUAAAGUACCAAAUAGGAGGACACACUGAGAAAAUGUGGCAACGGCUCAAAGGAAUAUUAAGAUGCCUGGUCAAGCAACUAGAGAAAGGUGAUGUUAAUGUGGUGGAUUUAAAAAAGAAUAUUGAAUAUGCAGCAUCUGUGUUGGAAGCAGUUUAUAUUGAUGAAACCAGAAUGCCUGACCUUUUAAUAAUCAUUUCAAGGACUUAA